GCCCCAACAGCUUUCCUACCACCAAUUGUCUUUGCCCACCCCUUGCUCUGCCAUCUACUCUCUCUCUUCAUAACCUUUGCUAAUCUCAAGCCAUCACUUGUUUUUAUUUUUUAAGAGGGUUUGUUUUUGUACCGUCAUUUGUUUAUUGAGAAAAUCACCACGGCAAGCUCCAUCUCUCUGCUUAGAAAAGGAACUGUUUUCGCAAGCAAAAGAUAAUCUUUCUGCUGUAAAUGUAUUUUUAGCUAAUGUAUUUUUAGCUCUGCACAGCCUAACUCUCUCUCUCUGCAGCCAAGGUAUGAAAUGGGAUUUCGUGAAACUUCUCCAAGAGCUAAGUUUCUAGCUGAAGUACGCCUUUCUUUACUGAAAGAUGAAAGUGGUUCCUCCGAAAAUUCUACAAAAGCUACAUUUCCAAGCUUCCAUCUCUAGAACUAUUCCUCACACACACAUAAAACCUAGUUUGGCACAGCCCCACCUCCCUUUUAUCCUAAAAGAAAACUCGGAUUCUUCCCAAGGAACCGCCUUUCUCACUUUUCAGUGUCUCGUUUGUCUAAAGGCAGCAUCCACGCCUAUUCAAGCCAAGGAAAAUACCCACGCCUCCAGCUUUAAACAAGAGAAACCAUGGGAUGUGUUGCUUCCAAGCUAGAAGAAGAACAAGAAGUGGUAUCCAUCUGUAGGGAGAGAAAACGGCUGCUAAAACUAGCCGUAGAGAGAAGAUAUGCACUUGCAGAGGCACAUUGUAGAUACUGUCAAUCUCUCUACGCUGUAGCAGCAGCUAUAAAGCUCUUUGUAGCUCGCCAUUCUUCACCAACUUCACCGUUUCUCAUCACUUUCCCUCCUCCACCACCCCCUACUGAACAAAAUGUGAUAACAAAUCCAAUGUUUCUUGAACAAGGACCAUCUGAGUCGACAACCCAUGAAGCCAUUGCCUGCGAGUCUUGUGGUUCCACAACUUCUUCAGAUUCUAGUGAGGAAGAAGAAACCAAAGAAGAAGAGGAGAGAGAGGAGCAAGGUUUUGGGUACUUUUAUAUGCAAAUGCCACCUCCUAUGCCACAGUCACCACAGGCAGAUUUUGGGUGGGAUUUCUUUAACCCAUUUGAUACAAUGAGAACAGAAAUUAUAAGUGGUUGUAGGAGAAGUUCUGAUGAUGACUUCAGAGUGGUGAGGGAAGAGGAAGGGAUCCCAGAGCUAGAGGAAGAAGUGGAUGGAGAAGAAUUAGAAGAAGAAGAUAAGAAAACUGUGGUUAUUGAGAAGAAAGGAAAAGCAGAGCUUGAGGAAAGUGCGAGUGAUGACGUUAAGGUGGUGGAUGGAGUUGCUAAUGGGAGCCAAUGUGAGCAAAAGGGGCUUACAGUUAUUGAUACACCAGAGAGAGGUAGGGAGCUAUUAGAGGCACUGAAAGAUAUUGAGGACCAUUUCGUUAGGGCUUAUGAUUCUGGCAAGGAUGUGUCACGGAUGCUAGAGGCUAAUAGAGUUUCUUUGCAAUCUGGCUUGGAUUUAAAAGAGAACUCAACAAAACUCAUUCAAGCUAUUACAUGGCAUCGGUCCACGUCUUCAUCUAAGCCUUCAUGCAAGAGUCUUGUGGCAUCCAGUUCUAAAAGUCCAUCAACUUGGACAGAAUAUAAGAAUGAUCUGUUUGAUGAGUAUGGCGGAAUGGAUUCAGGAAGCCAUUCACUGACACUUGGCAGGUUGUAUGCUUGGGAGAAGAAGCUUUAUGAAGAAAUCAAGUCUGGAGAUAGCACAUGGAAAAUUUAUGAAAGAAAAUGUUCACGACUAAGAAACCAAGAUGUCCGAGGAGAUGAUGAACUUGCGAUGGACAAGACCAGAGCUGCAGUAAAAGAUUUAUAUGCUGGGAUCUUGGUUGCAAUUCGAAGUGCUGAAUCAAUCUCAAAGAGAAUUGAAAAGCUUAGAGAUGAAGAACUGCAGCCUCAAAUAGUAGAACUCUUGAAAGGCCUAACUCACACUUGGAAGAUCAUGUUGGAAUCCCAUGAAACCCAAAACAAGAUUCUUUUUGAAGUAAAAUCUUUUGCUUGCACUGCAUAUGGAAAAUUCUGCAAUGACUCUCACCGGCUUGCGACGCUUCAACUUGAGGCUGAGAUUCACAAUUGGUGUGCAUGCUUUACCGAGUAUGUUGCAGCACAAAAAGCAUACGUUGAAGCACUCCAUGGUUGGCUAACCAAGUUCUUAGUCCCAGAAGUUGAAUUCUACUCCAGACGCAGCAGGAGUUCAGCAGCACCAUAUCGAGCGACUGGUCCACCUUUGCUUGUGAUCUGCCAUAAUUGGUUAUCUUUGAUGGAGAACUUGCCAAGUGGGUCAGUAUCAUUUGCAUUGAGAAGCUUUUCAAAGGAUGUAAGGGCUUUAUGGGCUCAGCAAGGUGAGGAACAACAACAAAAGAGGAAAGUUGACAAUCUUGCAAAACAACUUGACAGAAGAACUCUGGCAAUGCAAAAGACUGAGACCAGGUUUCUUGAAUCCAAGCUUACAGAGUUCAAAACGGAUCAGGAGUCAGAGCACCACAAUCAGCUCUUGACAGCGAAGAAAGAUCAGUUGGACAUAUUUAGGAAGAAGCUGGACAUGGAAAAGGAAAAACACCACAAGUGCAUGCAAGAAACACAGAGGAUUACAUUAAGUGGAUUUCAGACAGGAUUUUCGACAGUUUUCAAGUCCAUAACAGAGUUCUCCAAGGCUUCCAUGAAAAUGUACAAUGACCUUGUGAACUGCAGUGAGAGUGCUGGGAAACUAGAUAACCAAUCAUAUAUAGAAGGUGCUCAGUUUGAAAAAAUUGACAUUUAAAAAGCUUGAAAAUGAGUUUCAAGAAUCUAGUCUCUGGAUUGCUUGUAUAUUAUAUCAUGUUGAAGCAGCUCGCUUUGACAAAUUAAUUUCCAUUUUUAGCAAGUUUGUUACCGUGGAUUAGUAAUUGUUUACUGUGAAUUGUUGUCACAUUGCCUACAAUUUUGUUGCAAAAACUUUGAAAAUUUCCUUGUU